AUGAAGACACCAUUUAUUCUGGCUGGUCUUGCGAGCACCUCAAUGGCGCUCGUGACGAACCAUGUGCCCAGGGGCUUGACCGUCGUGCCGAUGACGUAUGGGGGAAUCAUCACCGAGGAUGGCGAGAAAGUCGAGCUAUUGGGAACAAUCGAAGACGUUCACCAGCAGAUCAAACGCCUCAACCCCGGCUACAACUCUAGCCAGUUUUUGGAGAGCCGAAGCCGCGAGGCCGAUGUGGAAAUGCACCGUGUGGUCCAGAAAAGAAACAAAAACAAAUUACUGUGCAACAUCGAGGGAGAUCAUUCGGACACUGCCAUUCACCCAUGGAUCAUCAAGGGCAUCCAGUAUUUGCUCGCCUUGGACGGGGUGUGCAAAGUAGGCGCCGGCCCUUGUACCUGCGCCCGCAUCAGCUGCUCGUAUGACUCUGCCAUCUACCUCUGCAAUGAUAACGCAUGGGCAAUCCAGCCGGAGGGCUCGUACCUGGCCACCUAUGCUGAGCAUAUCAUGAUUCAAUGCUUUGAUGGACAGUAUAUCAACGAAAAGGAGUUUGAUUCGGACAACUACAAUGUGGUAGUGGCUGGGGACCUUUGUUGA